UGCUCAGCUGUCCUCUAGCAGACAAACAAUCGGUCGGGCAGUGUUUUGAAUAAUUUUUGAAAACUAGUUGACGUAGUGAGUUUCUUCAAAAUGACUGAGGUUUUGCGUGACAACUUUGAAACUUUGUUCCCCAAAAUUGAGAAAGAUCUCAAGCAGGCGGCUGUUAUAUCAAUCGAUACUGAGUUUAGUGGACUGCUUUCUAGCGAUGACUUCAAAUCGAGCCUUUUUGAUUCUGCGCAAGAACGUUACUUGAAACAAAGAGAGAAUAUUUCAGAUGUUUUGCUUCUGCAGUUUGGCCUAACAGCAUUUACCUUUGAUCGAGAGAGAAACUCUUAUUCAAGUCAUUCUUACAGUUUUUAUCUAUUCCCACGAACUUUCGGAUCUAUUGAUGUCCGGUUUAAGUGUCAGGCAUCAUCAUUUGAGUUUCUCUGUCACCACAAAUUCGACUUCAACAAGUUUGUCUACAAUGGUAUUUCUUUUCUCAACGAGGAACAAGAUUUGAAAGUGCAACAAGAACUUCAAGAAGGCCAUCUAUUUAGAUCAGUAGAAAGAGCACUUUCAUUUGAAGAUGAGGAUUCCGUCCAAGCAUUAUGCUCCCAAGUUGCAAUUUGGCUCGCUGGUGGGCAACCUGCCGAAGAAGCAACGGCAAAAUCGAUGGUCUUAGAUGUGCCAAAAAGCUCUCAAACUAGUCAAUGCAUUGCUUAUGUUGUUCACCACGAAUUACGCAGAAGAUUCAUUUCAGUGUGGACUAUACCUGAAAAUGGAAAUGUGCGAGUCCUCAAGGUAUCUGCAACAGAAAGAGCAAUGCUGGAAUCAAGUGACACCCAUGAAGCAGAAUUAAAAACUGCACUCCUGCAAUCAUUGAGGGGUUUCUCUCGUGUUUUCAAACUACUUGUUGAUAUGAAGAAACCCAUUAUUGCGCAUAAUUGCACUCUUGAUCUCAUGAUUAUGUUUAAGCAAUUUUGCAGACCCUUGCCAAGCUCAUACCAAUCAUUCAAGGACUCAAUUCAUAGUCUUUUUCCAAUUGUAUAUGAUACGAAGUACAUGAGCUCUGAAUUCAAAAGAAAAGUGUCCAAGUUUGAUUGUUGGACCAGUAACACCUUAGAGCCACUUUACAAGUACUUCGCCAUGGGAAAAGGUUUUACUAUGGUGCCAUGUUCUCCCAUUAUAGAUUCACACGAUUACACUCUUGGCUGUGAUCCUCGGUUCCAUGAUGCCGCCUGGGAUUCAUACUGUGCUGGUGUCUGCUUUAUUCGAAUGGCACAUUUUUUUAGUGCUCUUGAUUUAGGACGUUUGAGUUUAGCCAAGCCUUUCACAAGCACAGAACUUGUGGCCCUAACUGAUUUCCUUGCAAAUCAUAUCAAUAUUAUUCGAGGGAACCUGACCCAUUUUGUCUUGGGUGGGCCAGAUCCUCCCUCUCACAGGCCAGAAGUUAUUGUUGUGAAAAAGAGAGAUGGAGGCAGACUGGAUCUUGUUCAGUUGACAGAGAGGUUCUCAAAACACGGUUCUGUUGAUGUGAAACUAACGAGUGAAAAAAUUGCAUUAGUUGCUGCUAGCAGCAAAGGAAUGGUAAUGGAUAUCUGCAGAGACUUUUACAAAGACUCAGACUAUAUUGUUGUAAAAUACAACAAGAUACAUCAUAACCCUGUGAUUCGGACUGCUUCAUGGUGUACUCUUGCAUUGUCAUUUGCUCUAUCUGGUUUCUUCUUGUACCGUGCAUUUUCAAGAGCUAGGUAAAAUCCCACGAUUUUCUACUUAUUCUCACAACCGAACAAAACAAAUUGGAAAGCUGCCCUGCCAUGUACCUGCCAUUUGUCAUCGAUACCUGCCAUUAACUUUUGGAUUUGCAUCAUAAACUGUCCAUAUUCCUGCUCUGGUGAUAAUUUGGAGUGUGAAAAAUGAAAUGUACCUUCAUUAUACAUUUAAUGUAAAACAUUGAAACUAUUGAAAGUAGUAUUUUAACUAGUCUUUUAUACCUGUUUAGACUUUUUUCCAACGGACAGAUUGUUUAGCAACAAUCUUCUUUCAAUUCCUCAUCAUUUUUAAAAAAAAUCAUUUUGAUGUUUUCUUUUUCUUUUAUUCUGCUUUGUGUUAAGUGCAGCACCUUUUGUGCUAAAAAAACAAUCAGUGACCUCAUGUUUUAUGAAAUGUUGUACUACCAAGGUGCUUAAUUGAAGACCUUAUCCUUUUUUAUGAAAACCAUGUGUAUCGAACAAUAAAUAUCUUGAACCGAAAAA